AUGCGUAUUCUGGACUUGGCUCUUUCUCUCUGGAUUGACUUCAAUUCGCUUCUUCUCGAUUCCACUAGCUCUAAACACUGUCAGAAAAACAGCAUAGCACCGAGUGGUCACCUCUCGGAUCCGCCUCUGCUAAUAAAUGAGAUAUCUUCCCAGAUGCACGCCGACUACCUUGACCCAAAUCAGGCUGUGCGACAUAGAGUUCAACUUACAUCAACUCCUGAUGAUACGUCGACCGAAUCUAAAAAAUCCACACCACCCACUGGUGCUGAAAAUGAUUUAAAUUCGACACGAGCCAACGUUGAUCCACUUCAAGCAAGUUUUUCUUUGUUCAGUUCCUUCCUUCUCUCUAUUCUCAUCGCAUUUGCUUUAUAUGGACUGAUACCGGAUCUAGCUUUAUGGCUGAACAAGUUCAAUCCGACAAUACUCGAGCCUGCAUCCUCUUACGGCAGGGCCCAGACUAGUGUUCUAAAGAAGCAUAUUCAUUUGCAGGAUUGA